AUCUACACUUGAAGAAAAUUUUCAAGAGUUGGAAGUUAUGCCAUCUAACAAUAACUACAAAGAAAACAUUAACGAUAAUAACGAGCUUGGAAUCAAGGAUAAAAAUAUUUUCACUCAAAAAUUCAACAAAAUGGAAGAUUCAAAGAAGUGGAUGCUAAAACCAGGAAGAUUUGUCGAAAAUGUGCUUUAUCAGAUUGGAAUGAAAUGCCAAUAUCAUAAUCUUAUUCAUUCUUUCAUACUUGAUCCUGAGGAUGAAUUUAUCAAAAACACAUUCAAAGAAGAAGAGAUAUUUGAGAUUGUUGAAAAGAAAAAUGGACAAGAUCCACCAGAAAUUGAUGGUGAGAUUCUUGAAUACAUAAACAUGUUUGCUAAGAACAAAAUGGAUAUUAAUCACAUUUUAGAACUACAUAUUCCACAAAUUCAACAACAACCAAUUCAACAACCACAGAUUGAAACUCUCAAAAUUGAAAAUAAAAAUAAAACUUGUAAACGUGUCCAAUGGAAUGAUUCGGCCACUAAAGCCUUACUUACUUUUCUUGAAAAUAACAAAGAAGAGCUUGAAAAAUUGAAAACAACUCGUGGAGCAGGAUCUAAACCAAACGUACCUUUUUGGUUGAAUGCAUCUGCAUAUUUAAGCACUUUGGGACAUUUUUACAAUGACAUUCAAUGUUUGACUAAGUGGAAAAAUUUGACUGAUAGUUAUCGGAAAUUGACAGCAAAAGCAAAAUUGAGUGGUGGUAGUCCUGUUAAUAUUCAAUAUAAGGAUCAGAUCGAAAGCAUUUUAGAUAAAAAUCGUCCUAAUAUUAGCCCUACUACAAUUAUUGAUUCCUUUGAAUCCAAAGAGUAUGAUGAGACAAUUACAAAAAUUGGUC